AUCCUAAACCGCAUACUCCAACCCGAUCACCACACCACACACUACCGCACUAAAUAAAAUGCCUAUAUAGUACGCAACACAAGUGUAUCCGGCUUGCUUACUAGUGUGACACAGAAAACGGGAAGGGAAAGAAAGAGCACUAUCGCGAGAACACGGCGUGUUCUGACGCGGCGCUGGAUGGCGCUGCGGGAUGUUUCGGAAUUUUUUUGCGGGUUGAGAUUUUUUUUUUUUUUUUUUUUUUUUCGCCCACAGGUUUCUGCUCGGAUAGGACACAAGAUCGCGUCUGGACGAAGGCACAAGGCUGAGCAGAGAUAAGAGAUUUUGGCCACAAGACUAGAUGGUGAGACGGGGCUAAAGAGUACGCAGGCUUGGCUAAUGGAAAAAGUGCUCUCCUGGAAAGUCAAACAACAGCACCAAGAUAGAGGCACGCACACAAUUUAGGAAGGUCUUUCAAAAAGUCAAAGCCAUUUGUUGCAGUUUACCUAACUUUUCCACUUUAUACGAAUUGGGACAAAGCCUCUGUAGCGUCCUUCCUCCUAACAGCAGAAGGAGAAACAUCAUCGAACUCUGCCCACCUGUUACUGACUCCAGUACUCUCUGAGCUAAACACAACGCUGCUCUAGACCCACACACCGCCCUCACAUGGGAGUGACAUAGGAGCACGUCCACAUCAACAUCCCAACCUGUCUGUUUCUGUCUCACACCCAUACACUUCCAUAAAAUCGCACACUUGCAUCACAUACACUCGCCCAGGAUGCCUUCCUCCUCCUGCGUGAUUGGCUGGAGAAGGAAGCAGCCUUUGUGGUGACUGGAGAAGGGAGCGGGGCGGCAUCCAUGUCGUGGAAGCGGAACUACUUUGCGUCUGGCAGCAGCGGGCUGCAGAGCAUUUCUAGUCCGCGCACCAUGAACUCCAUCGCCCCCAGCAAAGGCCUGAGCAACGAACCGGGCCAGAACAGCUGCUUCCUCAACAGCGCACUGCAGGUACUUUGGCACCUUGACAUCUUCCGCAGAAGCUUCCGGCAACUGACCACACACAAGUGCAUGGAGGACUCGUGCAUCUUCUGCGCUCUUAAGAGCAUCUUUGCCCAGUUCCAGUACAGCAGUGAGAAGGUGCUGCCGUCAGAUGCCCUGCGCAGUGCUCUGGCUAAGACCUUCCAGGAUGAGCAGCGCUUCCAGCUGGGUAUCAUGGACGACGCUGCCGAGUGCUUUGAGAACCUGCUCAUGCGUAUCCAUUUCCACAUUUCCGACGAGACUAAAGAGGACAUCUGCACAGCCAAACACUGCAUCCCACACCAGAAGUUUGCCAUGACACUAUUCGAACAGUGUGUGUGUAACAGUUGUGGAGCCACUUCGGACCCUCUCCCCUUCAUUCAGAUGGUGCAUUACAUCUCCACCACAUCUCUCUGCUGCAGUAACCAGGCCGUGCGAAUGCUUGAGUGCAGGGAGAAGCCGACCCCGGACAUGUUUGGGGAACUUCUGCGCAACGCUAGCACCAUGGGAGACCUGCGUAACUGCCCGAGUAACUGUGGAGAAAUGUUGCGCAUUCGCCGUGUUCUGAUGAAUUCUCCAGAGAUCAUUAGCAUCGGUCUGGUGUGGGACUCGGACCACUCGGACCUGGCUGAGGACGUCAUCCACAGCCUCGGCACAUGCUUGCGUCUGGGGGAUCUGUUCUACCGAGUGACGGAUGACCGGGCCAAGCACUCGGAGCUCUACCUGGUGGGCAUGGUGUGUUACUACGGCAAGCAUUACUCCACGUUUUUCUUCCAAACCAAGAUACGCAAAUGGAUGUACUUCGAUGACGCACACGUCAAAGAGAUUGGACCUAAGUGGAAAGACGUGGUUGCGCGGUGUAUAAAGGGGCAUUACCAGCCCCUGCUGCUGCUCUAUGCUGACCCCCGUGGGACGCCUGUGGCAUCACAGGACGUGCCUGCUGCUCAGCUGGAGCUUCAUCACUGCAGCAAGGCCGGCUACGACAGCGAAGACUCCGGGAGGGAGCCGUCCAUCUCCAGCGACACACGCACAGACUCUUCCACAGACAGUUACAGUUAUAAGCACUCACGCUCACACCACGAGUCCAUGGCCUCCCAUUUUUCCUCAGAUUCUCAGGGAACUGUGGUGUGCAAUCAGGACAGCAGCGGCUCACAGAACAGCAUGGACUCUGCAGGUGACGUCCUGAAAGAAAAGGCAGCUCCUCAGUCCCCACCGCGGCCAUCCUCUGUAGGACGACUGCCUGAUUAUAAAAAAGUGGGCUCAGGCGCCGGCGGAUCCGAAGCCGGGCCACAUGCCAGGGACUGGGAGGAUGAGAGCACCAGCAGUGAGUCCAAGUCCAGCUCCAGCGGGGGACGUUACAGGCCAUGCUGGAGGCCGAGGAGAGAAGCGCUGAACAUUGACAGCAUCUUCAGCCGUGAUAGGCAACGGCUAGGCUCGAGCCCACUCCCUGAGGAUUCCGUCCCACCGAUGCCUAAUGAAUCCUUUCCUGGGAUGGGAGAAGAUGUCAUAGACUCCACAGAGAUGCAACCCGUAGAAAUAGUGGGGGGCGGGUCUAAUGUAGAAAUGGGGCACCUUCCGGUCCCGGCUGGUCCGCGCGGCAUGGCUCAGCCACCGAGGUUAAUCCAGAGGAUGGAAAGUGGCUAUGAGAGCAGUGAGAGAAACAGCAGCAGCCCCAUCAGCAUGGACAUGCCUCUCAAUGAGAACCUCAGCACCAGUGUACCCAGGGAGGCCAGCAGUAAACGGCAGAUGACGUCAGGGCCAUCCUGGCGAACGGUGCCAAAAUCCAAGAGCAGCAGUGCCAUCUUGCAAGACGUGCAAUCACCCAGCUGGAGCAGCAGCCCUGUAAAUCUGGGUGAGGGCCGCAGUGAACUCGACGAGCUGCAGGAGGAGGUGGCACGCAGAGCAAGGCAACAAGAGCUUCAGAGAAAGAAGGAAAAGGAGAGAGAGGCAGCCAUGGGCUUCAAUCCCAAACCCAGCAAGUUUAUGGACCUGGAUGAACUCCAACACCAGGGGAAGGGGUGCAGUUUUAAGCGCUGCCUGGCGGAGGCGGAUGCUCUGUUAGAGCAGUCGCUGCGUCUGGAGCAGGCUGGAGACCCAGCCACCGCCCUGGCACUCUUGCGCCACGUUGUGUCUAAACUAAGAUUUUCCAUGCAUGAGGGCAGUGCUAACACUCAUAGCAGGACUAUGGCUGCUGACGCCAAGCUGCAAAAAUGCAUGAGGAGAGCUCGAGGCCUACAACAGCGCAUUCAGCAGCAGCAGCAACAGCAAGAGCAGCCGCAGGAACCCGGCCGCCCACAGGGGCCUCGCAGUGAACAGCCUGGCUCGGUCCAAAUACUGCUGACAGACAAUCAGGAGGAGGUGUGGGAAGUCAAUCAAGACGCAUCCCUUGGCUCACCGCCUCCUGCCCAGACGAAGCCACUCACCUCUAAUUCACUAAAGUCACUUAACACUCCCCACACUCCCAUACCUCAGCCACGCCCACAAGACCCUACUCAAGGAAGUGAGCAGUCACUGAAAGGCACAGAUUGGGGUGGUGUGAAACUUUCCAGCAUCCUGCAGGCCUCAGGCGGGCAGAUCAGACCCAUCCAUAAGCACCUGGCCAUCUCUCUGCCGUCUCUUCCUCUAGAAUUCUGGGGUGUUCUGGAUGAAGAUGAAGAGCUUUGCCAGCACCAGCAGCCUUUAGCUUCCUCCUCUACAUCCCCUGCUUCAUCCCUGUGGAGAGGUACUUCUGACAGCCCACAUCCUAAUGUAGCAAACACGUUGCCUCAGUCUGAGAAGAGUGUACAGGAAUACCCCAGAGCCCCAGUAUGGCAACCCUUACGCAAUCCUCCCUUCCCCGCCUCACCUGUGUUAUCCCGCUCCAGCCCCAGACACGCCCCUGCUCCUGUCACAGCUCGUCAUUGGUCCUCCUGGAGCUUGGACCGCCCUGAUGCUGUGGUCACGCCCCAUGAGACGCCACCAGAUCAGAGCCACCUCAUUAGACCCGCUGCUUCUCCACGCUCAUAUGGCUGGAGCGCUCCACCCCACAGUCCAAUGAGCUCCAGGAACAAGAAUAUCAAAAAGUUUGCCAGCUCCCAGUUUGAGCCACAGCUGGGGGCUGAGGCUGCAGAGUACGAGGAGAAGGAGCUUUCAGAGCUGGACUCGCUGUACCAGGCUAGUCUGCGCGCAGGCCGGCGUCUUAGCCCAGCUGCUGGAAAACCAGUGACUCCUGCAGCGCGGCAGCUCCUCUCUGGGGUGGGACGCUCACAGACCCCCACGGCUGAGCUGGAGAGAACUGCAUUUGGAGCACCAGGCACUCGCAGCUCCAUUGCACACACAGACAUGCCGGUGGAUGAUCAGCAGUAUGAUCCCGAUCACCUGCGCCGCAUCGCACGCAGUCUGAGUGGGACCGCAGUUGGACGUAGACAGGACCGACUUGCUGUCUCACGCAGCUUUUCCUCCUGUGUGUCCAUCAGUCCAUCAUGCCUUCCAUCUUUCCCAUUUCUAUUCACUCGCCUCAGCCUGGGUCUUGUGGGAUCGCCCAAGGACGUGUCCAGAGGGUCGCCAAGUUUCUGGCUGUGUCUAACCGGGGUCAAGCUCAGUCCAGUCCACCAGUGAAAUGUGACAGAGCUGUGCCACUGGAGUCCUGGGCAGUUGGUGUCCCAGGCCCAUCUGUAACACCCUUCAUCUUUAUGAUCCCUGCAAGGAUCCCUGCACAUACAAAUAAGUAAUUGCUAGAAUGUUGUAACAGAGAUUAAUCCCAGUUUCCCUAGCUUUUAGCUACACUAGCCCGCUGGAGCACUAGCAGCUCUGGAGGGCUGGAUCCCUCUUGAAGCCCAAACUCCUCCUGUAGCUCUAGCCCCGCCUCUGUUUCUCAGAUCGUGAUGGGCUCCCAUCAUUUCCUUUAUUCAUGUGGCGUGUUGCCUACUGUGUCUUCCUUAACUAUCUCCUCUCUUUAACUUGUUUCCCAUUCAGAGUGUGGUGGGCUGCUCUGCCUUUUUCAGUGUUCAUGUAUAAUGGAUCUGGGUCAGCCUCCUCUUCCUGCCUCUGUCCUGCAUAGCAGUGAUUUAAAGUGUGUUAAAGCGCGUUUCCUUCCUGUCCGCAGCAUGGUGAGGGGAGGGAUAGAGCUUAUUUUCUCCCUUGUUCAGUUCACUGUUUGGGAUAAUGUGAUGGACUGAGUAGCUUUGUGUGUGGGUGUGUGUGUGUGUGUGUGUGUGUGUGUGUGCGUGUGUGUGCGUGUGUGUGUGGCGCUAACAGCAUGCUGUGGUACAAGAAAGGCUCUGAGCCUUGGCCCUCCCGCAGCGAGCCGUCCUACCCCGAGCACUUAACUUAAUUAAACGCACUGCGUGGAGCUGCAAAGCCGGCGAGAUCCAGCAGCAUCCUGGAUAACUUUUCAAUAUCUCUGAGGUCUAUUUAGCUACUGCACAUGAUUAACAUUUGUGUGUGUGUGUGUGUGUGUGUGAGACUCUAUUUAACACUUAGUUAGGCCAAAUGUCCUCAUGAUGAUAUAAAAUACAGCAUUGACGGUAUGAAGAUAUUAAAGAUCGUGUGGACAUUUGGUCGUCUUAUUUUUCAAUAUGAAUGCAGCUUUUCUUUGAAAAACGAAAAAAAAGUGGAAAAAAAUAUUUCCUUUUGGGUACUGAAGUUAAGGUUAGGAUUACGUUUAGAUGUAGCAUAGCAUUAUUUAGCUAUAAUACUAUACAAGUUAAUGGAAAUAACCCACUUUUGUGUGUGUGGGCAAGAGUGUGGGGGAGGCCAUCCAUCUACAGCAACGCCCAAUGUAAAAACCCACCAUGAGCUCAAGCAUACCCGCCACAGCGUAUCCUUCCCUCUGACAUUUUUAAAGGAGUUCCUUUUCUUUCACUCUUGUUUUAGACUCACUUUUUUUGUAUGGUGAUGGACAAGUAGCUCAUAGUUUGUACUGAUUUAUUGACUUACGCACAUACUUACACACCCUGUAAAAAAAAAAAGACAGAGAGAGAGAGAAAAUGGUGGAAGGAGCUGUACUUGUUUUUUUUUUGUGUGUGUGUGUGUGUGUGUGUGUGUUGUUUUUUUGUAUUUCUUCAUUUCUCGGCUCUGGCGCUUGGUCAGAGCCCGCAUGUAUCCGUGCAGCCCUAGUGUGGAGAGCGGACGGGACUAACUCGACCUUUUCUUCCUCUUGUAUGGGCAUUCCCUGUAGCACACACCUGUUUUCUGUCUAGUGUUACAGGCAAAGACUGCUUCACUCCUUUUGACUGAAUAUACACUAAUCAAUGAAUUUAUUGUAAAGGAAAAAAAAAAAAAAAAAAAAAAAGUAUGAAGACUAUGAAAUACUUACAAAUUAUCCAGAGGAAUGGAGAAACUCUACUUUAUGACGUUAUGGAAUGUUAAUUCAUUUUAGUGGUUCUAGUUACUAUCUGCAUUAAGACGAGUAUAGUACACUUCAGAAGUGUAAAGCUGGAGUCAAACUGCUCUUUGAAUUCUAUUGACAGUUCUCCCAUUUGUAUAGGGAGAUAUGCCAAGUUAAGCUUUCUUUCUAUUUCUUUUGUAACCUGCAUUGACACUGAUAACGUAGCUAUGAGGCUGAAACAACGUAGUCGAGUAUCUGUAGUAAGUACAUCCGGCCUAGAGACGGGUCACAGUCAUUCCAUCUAGUUUUAGAAAGCGUUUCUUUCGACUCACUUCUAACACACAAAGUUAAAGAAUGUCUGGCCCUGCUAGCUACUCAAAUGUAGCCGAAAUAACUUGAAGCCCUUAGAACUGUUCCAACGAUUUAUGGACGUUUUGCACAAAAAAAGGUACUUUAAGGUACUUUAUGCUAUGAGCAUAUAUUGUAAUAUAAAGAAAUAAUUAUUAAAAAAAUUGUAACAACCUUUGAUCAAUGGUCUACAGAAGUUGGGUAUCGAAGUAGAUUGACCUUGCAAGCGUGUAACCCAUUGGUCAUAAUCGUGCAUUGUUACUAUCUAAUUACUUUCACAUUAAAAAGUAAGCACUAAAUGCUUAACUACAGAUUGAUUCAAUUUCUUCUUCUUCUUUUUUUUUUGGUUUGUAUUUCAUUCAGAAUUUAUUUAAGUGUUUCUCAACCAAAGAUUGGCACUAUUAUUAUAAAGCUCGCCCAUGUUACAAAUUUUUUAAUCCACCUUUUUCAUCUAAAGGGUGUUUGAGAAUGUAGCAGUGGUGGUGCACGAGUAUGCUAUGCAACAAAUCGCACUCUCCUGAACAACCAGCAAAGAGUCAGACUGGGACAAAGCCGUGUGUGUGUGUGUGUGUGUGUGUGUGUGUGUGUGAGAGAGAGAGAGAGAGAGAGAGGGGGAGAGAGAGAGAGAGAGAAUGUGUGUGUAUGUGUGUUCGUGGGUGUGUGUGUGUGUGAGAGAGAGAGAGAGAGAGCGUGGGUGUGUGUGUGGGUGUGUGUUCCUCCAGACCUCCCUGGUUUUUCCUUUAACUAAGGAUGAAAGUGAUUUCUUGCCGAAUCGUUAAAUAUGUACAUAUUAAUGUCUGUAUGAAUAUCAGCCUUUGAAUGCCAGCUGUAGCCAGAGAGAGAUGGAUUUUUUGAAGAUGAAAAAUCAUUUCAAUGGUUUUUCCUGUUCGGGACUCAUUUGUAAAUGCUUGGGGCUGAGGGAACUUGUAUUUUUGCAAUAAAGUUAUUACCAAUGCACUCCAGCAAAGGGUGCUGCACAACC